AACCCCACAAAAAUCCACCCCUAUCACCACCACCGCAACCACCAUCGUUAGGAACACCGCCAGCAUGUCAGGAGCCAGUAACCGUGAAGCAGUCUUUGCAACGCGCCAGUCCUUAGGCCUAAUGAAAUCCAAGCUUAAAGGCGCCGAAACAGGUCAUAGUCUACUUAAGCGAAAAUCCGAGGCCUUGACGAAACGUUUCCGCGAGAUAACCCAGCGUAUCGAUGAAGCCAAGCGAAAAAUGGGCCGCGUGAUGUCGAUCGCUGCCUUCUCCCUUGCAGAAGUCACUUACGCUACAGGCGGAGGCUCGAACCUAAAUUACCAAGUGCAGGAGAGCGUCAAGACUGCUGGGUUCCGCGUGAGGACUAAUCAGGAGAAAGGAGUUACAUCGCGGAAGGGAACUCGGAUUUUGGUCUCCCAGGGUUGGGCAGGGGGCGGGCAGCAGGUGCAGCAGUGCAGGGAGGUUUAUGGGAAGGCGGUGGAGACGUUGGUUGAGUUGGCGAGUUUGCAAACGGCGUUCGUAAUCCUCGAUGACGUUAUCAAAGUCGUUAACCGUCGCGUCAAUGCUAUCGAGCAUGUUAUUAUCCCCCGCACGGAGAAUACGAUCAGGUAUAUCAACAGUGAACUCGAUGAGUUGGACCGCGAGGAGUUUUAUAGGCUUAAGAAAGUGCAAGGGAAAAAGCGUCGUGAUGCCGAGGAGGCAGACAAGGAACUUCGUGCUAAGAUGGCAGAAGCAGGGACUACUGCAAUUGAUAGGGCCGACGAUGGGGGUGAGGGUGUUCCAGAUAUCCUAGAAGAAAAGGAGGAUGAGGAUCUCAUUUUUUAAAGAUAAAAAUGGUGUCUUUCUUUGCUUGGGCAGCAGAGCGCUCUUUUCCCUCUUUCUUUCAGAUGAAUAUCUUACCCGUGAUGGGCUUUUUUUUCGCAUACCCGACUUUUCUCCCUCAUUUUCUUCAUUUUUUUCCCUUUUGCACUUUGUAAAUACCCCCCAGUACCCCACAUCAAUUCCAUCAAUCA